AUGAGAGAUGGAGAGACCUUGAAAAUUUACUCGGAUAGGUACUGGGAGAUGUACAAUGAAAUUGACGGCGACUUUGAAGACAUAGCCAUCAGUACAUUCAAGGUCGGUCUCCCAACCAAGCACGGCUUAAGGAAGUAUUUGACAGGGAGGCCUGUCACCAGUCUAGGAUCUACCAAUACUCAGGCGGUCAAUGCAGUGUUUCGAGAACCGGUGCACCAGGUUCUGGAGAAGAUUAAGAACGAACCGUUCUUCAAAUGGUCGAACAAGAUGGCUAGAAAUCCCCUAAGGCGCAACCAGAACCUUUAUUGCCAGUAUCAUCAGGACCAGGGGCACACUACGGAGGAUUACAGGAAUUUGUGGGACCAUUUGAACCAGCUGGUCCUAGAGGGAAAAUUGAAGCAGCUGUUGCACCAUUCCAGUGGCCAGGAGGGCCAGACAAAUUCAGAACCCAAGAGGGGUGAUUCUUUAAGAUUGCCUUUGGGAACGAUCAAUGUCAUCUUCGCUGCUCACAGUAGGAUCGGUUCUUGUCCCUCCAGAGUGAUGUUUAUACCUCGGUUACCCGCUGAGAGCAACAAUUUGGAGCCAAAAAGAGCCAGAAUAGAAAUUCGAUCGGUUCUGCGCUUCUCGAACGGGGAUAAGAUCGGAACCAUCUAA